UGUUGGGCUGGCUUGAAGAACUUUAAUUUCUCGCCUUAGAAACGUAUAGCCUUUUCCAGCUCUUUUGCUGUUUCUUACAUGUCAGCUUUUGUAUGGUCACAGUUUGUUUCUUGUGGAUCAACAUGGCUAUCUCUGUUUCGAUGUUUGUACUGUAAAGGCUGCUUCAGCCAUGAAACUCCCCUGUAUGGAUACUGUUUCUGAAUUGGAAGAAACCUAUCAUUCGUGUGCCUCCAUUAACAAAUGAUUCUAUUAGAAGUGAUGUAUUUGUCACGUGGGUUUGUGAAUGUGCUUUUGAUCCUGUACAGAAGUGAUAGGAUGUGCCAAAGAAGUAUAAAUCUAGUACAGGAGGAGAAAUGGGGUAGAAACAUUUCACCCUGAAUCUUACUCCAGUCUGCAAGAGUGGGAGGAUUUCAUCUGCAGACAGUAAAAGGAUGGAUGGAACAUGAGGCUUCCCAGCUAGAAAAGCAGCAUGUACAUAAUGUCUAUGAGAGCACAGCCAUAUAUUUCAAUGACUUGCAAGGCAAAGCAUGGCCUCGUGUUCGGCAGUUUCUACUGGAGCAAGAACCUGGCAGUCUUAUUGCUGAUAUAGGUUGUGGGACUGGAAAAUAUCUUGAUGUCAACAGCCAGGUAUAUAAUCUUGGAUGUGAUUAUUGUGGCCCUUUGGUUGAGAUUGCAAGAGGUAAAGGUUGUGAAGUGAUGGUCUGUGACAAUCUGAAUCUCCCCUUUCGGAGCCACUGCUUCAAUGCAAUCAUCUCAGUGGGAGUGAUUCACCAUUUCUCCACAAAGCAAAGACGAAUCAAAGCAAUAAAAGAAAUGGCCAGGGUGCUCGUACCUGGAGGCCAGAUGAUGAUUUAUGUCUGGGCUAUGGAACAAAAGAAUCGACACUUUGAGAAACAAGAUGUGUUUGUUCCAUGGAACAAAGCCUUGUGCUCCCGGCUGCUUUCUGAAUCCAGUAAGGCUGGGCAGAAAUCUGAUUUUGCACAUACUGUAAAAUCUCAGAGUGUACAUUCACACCAUUUAAUGGGUUCCAAAUACAGUUAUCCUAUUACCCUUGAUCAAAAGCAUCCCCGAAGAACUGAUGGCUGCUUAACCAAAGCCUGUUGUGUGAAAAUUUCUGAAGAGGAGGAAAACCGAUUUUAUAGCGCCCUUGGGAGAUCUGUUCGUUCCUGGUUUUCCUCCAGAUCCCUGGAUGAAUCUGCCUUUAUAAAGCCAAAUGAGAAGGUGGAGCCUUUGAAGAACACAGUUGGAUGGACAAAUAGCACUGUAUCUGUUCAGCCAUCACGCCACUGCAGUUUAGACUUGGGUUGCCAAGGGUCCUUGCUGAAAGGGCAGCAGUUAGAAGACUAUGAUGAAGUUUUCAUGAAGCAUAUGGCUUGCAAAAAAUUGGAGUGGCUAGCAGCCUCAAGGUCACUGACAGAAUUUAAUGGUGAGCCACCUGCAUUAAUCCAGAGCCACAAAGGAGAAACUGCAUUUUUGAGUGGUCCGAUAGAACACACAAACAAUGGCUAUAUCCAUGUAGGCAAUACUUGCUCUUUUGCAGGGAAACAUGUUAGAAGGACUUCUUCUAGCUCCAGUGAAUCUGUUGUAAAUGCUGCUUUGGCUGUGGGAAACCAGGCUGCUCAUGGACAGGAUCCAAAAGCCUUCAUGCGGUACUACCAUGUUUUUCGAGAAGGGGAGUUGUUCUCUCUGCUUGAAGAAAAUGUGCCUGAAGUCAACAUACUGAGUUCAAGCUAUGAUCAUGGCAAUUGGUACAUUAUUGUGAAGAAAGCGGAGGGACAACAGCAGAAAUAGUUAUGGAGGACACAGACUUCAGGUGCAGCUUCUUCCAGAAACGUAGAGACAAUUUUCUGUCUUAUCACUCUUCUGUGUGCAUCAGUAUAAUUUGCACAUAAGAAAUGCCAUUUUGAAAAAAGGAGUACCUGUCAUUUUGCUGAAACAUGGGCUUCAUACCAAUAAUAUCUGUCGUAACUGUGUAUUGCUUUUAGGAGAUCAACUUUGUGUUUUUAAAACAUUUUUAUAAAUAAAACUUUUUGUAAGAUGAGGAAGGAGAUUUUUUUCAUUAUCCAAACUAUAAUUUUUUUUGAAAAGAAUACCCCAGUCAGCUCUGAGCACACAGACACCAAGAUACAUGCAUAUCUUUACUCUCUGUGUGUCUUAUUCAGGGGUUUGUACACUGUUGUGCAGCUUGUAAAAUAGGCUGCAUGUGUCUAGGAUGUACAGUGGUACAAAAUAGCCAAUAUCAUGUGGAAUUUGUGGGUGAGAUGCUGAUUCCAUGUCUAGAAGCCGCACACCUUUAAGAGAAAAGGGGCAAACAUUUGUCAAACAACUUGCUUUUGCUUUCUAAUUGAUCAGUUGGGAGAAAGCAUGGCUUUGUUUGCAUGACUGGUGUCUUGGCCACACAGCACUGAAGGAUUUGUGGGCCUUGAGGGAUAGUAUUGUAAGAGGAAAAAAUACGCUUUUGUCUUACAGGUACUAUCUAACCCUUAGAAAGGAAACAGUAGUAGGUGAUGGACUCAGCUUCAAAACUGAGAUCACAGAAGAGGUGUGUAUCAAAAUUAAAGGUUGGAAAAGUUCAUUUGGAGGACUACUACUCUCAGAAUCCUCUAGAUAGUGUGCCUUAGUUGUGAUAAGUGAGGGAUUUUAGAAAAUUUUUAAUGGUCCAUCAACAAAAGUAGAGGGGAUAUAGGUAUCUUGAUUUAAUUUUAGAUGCUUUUAUCCACUGAGGAAGAGUAGGUCUCCAACUACAUCAGAAAUAAAGUAUACAAUAUCCUGGCCGGUGAUUUUUUAUUUUAUUUUAUUGAGCAUAGAUAUCAGCAAUGAAGAACACACCAUUUCUCUAUAGAAAGGUGAACAUCACUAUACAAAAGACCCUAAAAUAAAUGGUAACUUACAGCAUUCCAAGAAAUGUGUGUGCCACUGACAGUACACAUCUUAAGUUAUACAUGUUUACUCAGAAGUCAGUCUUAUUAUGAUUAAUGAAGUUAUCCCAAGUAGCUGGACACAGAAUUGCAACCUGAGUCAAGUACAUACAGUACUGUAUCGACUUUCGUGCGACAUUAUUCCUGAUGCAUAACUCUAAUAAGGUACUGGCUAUUAAUCAUUAUGUGACUUGCAGGGUAUGUAAUGACCUUUGUUAAGCAUUCUGUGGCAGGUUUAGUCAAGUUAAAUAUUAGUUUCUUAGGGAUAAUGUACAUCAAGCUUCAGGUCCCAGAGACAGGCUUCAUAUACUGCAGCUUAUCUGUUCCCCAACUCAACUUGGCUUCAACUUCAUCUUUGGAAAGUUUGUCAGCUUUUUCUGGUGCGACACUUGUGUACAACCAACUGUGUACCGCGUGAAAAUACAGCUGAUGACAUUUUUUUUUGCUAUAGAUCAUUUGGAAGCUGCAAAAAACUUUAUUCUGCUAAAUGAGCAUUUGCCAUGAUUUAUGAUAGGAUUCAGUGGUGUUCUGUGUCUUCUACUAAGAGCAGGCACAGCCUUAUAUGCCUAUUCAAAUUUUAAAAUACAGGUAAAUCUCAUAACCUCUAUUAUACACAAUGGUAAAAACAAACAAUGAUGAAGGGGGUGGGAGAAUAGUUUCUCAUUGUGGUUCUAGGUGGUAUACUGACCCCUUUGCAAAACAUUUUCUAUUCAUGAUGGUAUAGUAUUUACACACUUUACCAUGCAUAAUAGAUCCGCCACAAAAAGAUGGAAACAGUUGCCCAGAGCAGUACCAUCUUUCCUCAAAAUCAUCUUCCUCUGCAAAAGUUUCUCUGGAACAUCAUGGCCGCUUUUGACACAUAAUUGGUCAGUGUUGAUUUUUUUGGGGGAGGGGGAGGGGCACUUUCCCAUAGCAAAUUCAUUUUUCCUCCAUUGAAUUCCAAAUCUACUUUUAUCAAAAGUCAUUUUAUCCUUCUGAUUUUGUUUUCUGCUUUAUCCUCUGACCCCACUUCACAAUGCUCUGAUAUUUUGUACAAGACGAUACUAUUGGCAUUUUACAAAUAGUUGUUCUGUACCACUGGCAACAGUGGUGGUUGGGGCUGGAUCCAGGGUUAGGUGCACGGAGCUGAGCUGGUGGAACCAGCCUUCCCCACCCUUGCCUCACUGUACCAGCUCCUUCUGCCACCCAAAGAUGCACCAUAAAGUUGGGGCACUUCAAUGGAGUGACUGUGGCAUAGGUUGAAAAGAUAUCAGUAAAUACUUGGGAAAGGAAAAGGCUGGAGAGCCUUCAUGGAAAGGUCAGGCUUCAAAAGUCUGCUUCGGAGAGCCUCACUUGUUGAUCUCAGAUUUGCAUAACUUCAUUGAUCUCAGACUUGGAUUCUUAGUCCAAGGUGAACAACUGAGAGUCCUCGAAAUGCCAUUGAACUGCGAGUCCCAUCAGCCCUACCCAUUGUAGCCUAUGGUGAGGGAAAAUGGUAGCUGCUGUCCAGCAACAUCUGAAGACGAAUAAGCUGAUUUAAAUCAGUGGUUCCCAGCCUUGGGUCUCCAGGUAUUCUUGGACUACAGCUCCCAGAAUGAUGCCCAGGUAGCAUUAAAUCAGAUUAUCUGUUUCAGAACAAAGCAGUUAACUUGCGGGGAGGAGGCCUAAGUAGGAAGGUAGGUAGGAAGAAAUGAUCAUUAUCCCUCUCUCCACCAUUCUGCUUUCACUCCUGCUAUUCAUACCAUGGCUGUGGUAAGCCUAGGAGAAAUCCCACACCCCUGAAGUAUAAAUGUAAUUUAGUAGUGCAGUGCUAAUGCUGUGUUAUUUAAAUGCAGUUCUUAAAUGAUUAUAGCAAGACUUACUAAAAUAUCUCUAUAUGAGCACAUACUAUAUAUGAAAUGCAGUAUUAUCUUUAUGUUGUGGUAUACAGUGACCAGCUUCAUGUAUACUGCUAAACUAAGGCCUUGGUCAUGUGUUUCCCCCCUUUUCUCUUCACCAGCAAGGGCAUCAGAUGAGAAGCAGUUGCUUCUGUUUCUACGCACACACAUAUAACCACUAAGGACAGCUUAGACCCAAAACAGAGACAGAGAGAGAGAGAGAGAGAGAAACCCAAGGAUAAAAAGCCAUGGUUUGAAAUGUGCUUGUUCUCCUACACCACAGUUCUGCUACAGCCCAGAGUGGACAUCUUUGUUUCUUUUUUCAACUAAUAUAUGUAUAUAUACUGUAUGUGAAAUCAGUUGAAAAUGGAAAUGAAAAUGUCCACGGUUUUCCUCUUAGCUUUCCUGGAAAAUCCAAGGCCUGUUGAUAUAAUACAAAACAUCUAGUGUCAGAAUGGAACCAAAAUGUUUGCUUUAAAUAACUAGUCUGAAUAAAAGUUGCAAUAAUAACAAUCAGGGUGUGUAUUCCUUAAGGGGUUGUCUUCCAUAAGAUCCUUUAAAUAUUCCUGCUUGCCAAUGAAUCAGUUUUGUUAGUAGAAUUGAUGGAUCUAUUUCUAGCAGGCAGAAUAUUAAAACUAGUACAGUAUUUGAAUUUCCUUUCUCUAUCCACAUCUUAAUGAAAUGCUCUUUAGAUUUCAUGCUUAUGUACAGAAUUAUAUUUCUUCUCCCCAAUCUUUCUCUAUUGAAUUGCAUUGAUCUCUUUUUGAAGAACUCACCUAUAUUAGGGUGUUGUUGAGUGAUCUGGCAUCUUAGGGUGGUACUCCUUGGGCAGUGGGGUGGAAAGACUUCAUAUCUGAUUGCCUGGGUUUUAUGUCCAAACAUGGGACCUUUAAAAUAAUUUGGAUUCAAUGUUCUACAAUCUCCAUCUUUGCUACAAGGUUUUGAUAAUCAAGGUGCCAGAGUAUGGCUUGGUAAACCAGAACUAGAGUUGUAAAUCUCUGCCAGGAUUUGAAUGAUACUUGAAAAUUCUGUGAGAUAUUGAAUCGUGAAUUUUUGUGUCCAACAGAAAUCCUGUUUAUUUAUAGGAAUGGGUCAGACUGAUACCACUAUGGGUGCCAUUAUAGUAAUGGUAGUGCUUUCCCAUGUUCCUGUUGCAUUUUAGCUUUUGUCCUGAAGAUGUCAAGUCAUAGGCAAUAUCUAUUCCAUAGUUUCCCAAUCUGGGGGUCGCAACGUGGGUUUUUUUGGGGGGGGGUUCACCAUGAUUAUUUUUGGUUACAGCUAUUUUUAUAUUUAUUAUAUUAAAUAUGGUAUACAUAAUGCUAUUUUAUUUUAAUCCUCUUCACUCACAGUGUUUAGUUAUUUCUGUAUCCCCUUAGGUGUAUUUUCUUUUUAUGCAUGCGUAUCCCCCCUUUCCCCUCCGAAAGAGGCCCUUUCACUCUAUUCUCUCUUCUCCUCCGUCUCCACCUCUGGAGCACUAACAUCAGCCUUUUGGACCCGAGUGAGCGUUAGCCUGGCUCAAAGAGGCCUGAAUGAGACGACAUGUGGUGCGCACCGGCAAUUGUGAUGCCCAAGAUGAUGGCAGUAGCAGCGGCAUCAUCUCCUCCAUCUGUCUCUCUUGCUCUUCUGGGUGUGUCAAUAGCAGCUCAGUGAAGAGAGGGGGGAGAUGCCUCUGGGGGCCUCCUGAAUCAUAGCAAGAGGGGCAUAAGAUGAGGGAGCAGAACUGGGGAAGGAGUGGGGCACAGGGCAGGACCCGGGCAGAGAGGUGCUUGUUUGGGUUUGAAGGGGAGCGACUCUUAACUUAGGGGGCUUUCUUGGGACAGGGAGGGUGGUUUCCACUCCCCAAAAAGUAAAUUGAGGUCAAAAUAUAUUGACAUCUUUUCCUUCUCAAAUUUUAUCUGGUAGAGGCAGAUUUAUGCCUGCCAUUAUUAUUUAUCACCUUAAUAUAAAUAUAUUA